UCACGAGAUCUUACUAGUUACUACAUAAACCCACCAAAAGCCUCAAGAUUUGCCUCAUCUCCAUACAGGAAGCCAGCAGAAACUUCGCAAUCCCAUCAAACCAUCGAACCAAAAAAAUGGCAGCAAGGCUUCUCAUCCCCCUCCUCGUCGUCCUCCUUGCCGGCUCCCACGCGGCGCUCGCCUCCUCCACCGUGGAGCAGACGUGCGCGAACGCGACGAAGGGAUCGGAACGCAGGGACCUGGACACCUUCUGCGUGACGACGCUCCAGGCGGCGCCGGGGAGCGCCACCGCGGACGCGCACGGGCUGGCCGUGAUCGCCACGAACCUGACGCUGGCCAACUACACGGCGGCGGUGGCCACGAUCAAGGGCCUGCAGCGGCGCGGGGGCUGGACGGACGGGCAGCUGGCGGCGCUGGCCACGUGCCGGCAGCGGUACAUCGAGGCGCUGAACGUGGUGCACAGCGCCGUCCACGCGCUGGCCACGGGGCGGAAGCAGGCGUACGUGGCUGACAUGGGCGCCGUCAGGAGGGCCGCCACCGACUGCGACGACGCGUUCGCCGGCGCGCGUGGCGCCGCGGCCGCGGAUAAGGAGGAUGAGUCGCCGCUGGGCAAGGUAAACGCCGACGCCGUGGACCUGACCACCGUGGCCAUGCUGAUCGUGAUCUCGUUGUAGCAAGCAGGAUACGUACGUAGUUCUUGCCGGUGCUAGUCAGAUCGGCAGGCAGAUGGAUUGGUCGAUGGAGAGAAAAUAACAGGAUAUGCGUGAUUCAGACUUGUUUUUUGCCGUUAGAAAUUCUUGCUUGAUGUCUUUGAGAUUUA